AUGCAGAAGCUCCUUCAUGAUGGCCCCUGGUCCAUCAAUGGGAUCAUCCUUCAGUUGUCACCAUGGAAGCCGUUCUUCGAGCCGGCCUUUGCCAAGCUUAACUCUGCCGCCAUAUGGGUGCAGCUUCACAAUCUUCCGGUGGAUUUCUGGGAUGGUGACACCCUUGAAACCCUUACCUCCCACAUUGGUCCUCUUCGAAGGUUGAUGACCUCACCAUCUCCCUUGACUCGCUCCAAGUUUGCGAGGCGGUUACGAAGACUUCGGUCUUCCCAUUCAGACCCUGAUACUAUUAUGAUCUCUCAUGAUGCCUCCUUGGAGCCGGAGUUUGGACCUUGGAUGCUGGUGGCCCGUCGGCAGGGUCGCGGCCGCGGUCGCAGUGACAAUCGUCGUGCUGGUCACGAUAUCUUCUCCUCUGAUAUCCCACCUAACAUACAUCGGGACUCCACUCUCUCUGCUUCUCGGGAGUGUAAUCCUGAUGUGCCUCGGGAUGUUGCCAUUGGGACCCCUGAGCUUCUCUCCACCCCUCAGUCCCAGACCCCUUCUUCGCACCCACAUAAUGACGGUUCUGAUCAGGAUGAAAGGGGUGAAGAGGGGUCUUCUGAUGGUAGCGAUGAGGAUAUGUCUGAUGGUAGCAUUGAGCCAGACGAUGGGAUCGUUCCUUUUCACUUUUUCAUUUGUGUUCUCCUUUUGGGCAUCUCGAAGUGGGAUACCUCUAGUCAUGUUCUUAGAUUCAUCCGUAAGCACAAGCCGUCCCUUCUCUGCCUCGUGGAGACCAGGGCCAACGAGGAUCGUCUCAACCGUUUUUGUGGUAAACUUCCUAACUCUUGGGAUUGGGCGGCGAUUUUAGCGAAUGGGUAUUCUGGUGGCAUUUUGGUCACCUGGAAUAAAUCUCUUGGUUUAGUUACCCAAGUCUCCAUCUCUCGCCAUGCCCUUCAUCUUAUUAUCUCUAUUGGCUCUGCAAACUGGCUUAUUUCUAUGGCUGAUGAUCUCAAUGUAGAUUCCCACCAGCUUCUUGCGGAAUCAAAUGUGAGGUACGCUGUUCUUCAAAGACAACAAUCCAUUAAAUGGGCCCAGCGUGCGCACUUGCAAUGGGUUUGUGAUGGGGAUCUUAAUACCACUUUCUUCCACAACUCCACUCGCAUUCGCAAACACACCAAUUCUAUUGCCCAGGUCAAAGAUUUGAAUAAUUUUUCUUUUUCUGAUCGUGCUGGUAUUGAGAAUGCUUUUAUUGAGUUUUACUCUAAUCUUUGGACUGCUACUUCUGGUGAUUCCUUUACUGAUGUUUUUAAUAAUCUUCCCAAUGACCUUCCUCAUCUCUCCAAUAUUGAUCGUGAUUUUCUUAUGAGGGUUGUUACUCGGGAGGAGGUUGCACUACGAUUUUUGACCUCCCCACGAAAGAAUCCGGACUCGACGGUUUCAAUCUUUGAAUUUUAUCCUUUUUGGUCCGAGGUUGAUGAUCACCUGUUUGAAGCUAUUAAUUUUUUCUUUAUUCAUUCUGUGAUACCUGCUUCUUGGGGUCGUACCUAUAUCAUGCUUAUUCCUAAAAAAGACAAUCCUAGUUUUGUCACUGAUUAUAGGCCCAUUUCUCUUUGCAAUGUUUGUUAUAAAAUUAUUACUAAAAUCUUGGCUAAUAGGCUUAAGUUUGUUCUUCCUAAGCUUAUUGGGAUUGAACAAGCUGGUUUUGUUUCUGGCCAUUGUCCCUUCGAUAAUAUCAUUGCCUUGCAAGAAGUUGUUCAUUCUCUAGAGAAUGAUCGUAAGGACCCCCCUAGGAUGUUAAUCAAAAUAGAUGUGGAGAAAGCUUAUUAUACGCUUAGCUGGAGUGCAAUUCUUGCCACUCUUACGAAGAUGAAUUUCCCUUCUAUUUGGAUAUCUUGGAUCAAGACCUGCAUUUCUUCGACUUCCUUUUCCUUUCUUAUUAAUGGCCAACCUUCCACUUGGAUUAAGUCCACUAGAGGUGUUCGUCAGGGUGACCCUAUUUCUUCAUACCUCUUCAUUCUUGUCUCUCAGAAUUUAACCUCCAUGCUUAAUUAUGCUCUUCGUCAUAAUUUAAUUCCUGGUUUUAGCAAACAUCUCAAAUAUAAUUUUAAUCAUCUUAUGUAUGUCGAUGAUCUAGUUCUUAUAACUCGCGCGUCUAGACGGUCUGCUAGAUUUAUCAUUUCCUGUCUUAAUUUUUAUGGUAAGCUCACUGGGCAAUCUCCCAAUCUUUCUAAGUCUGCUGUUUAUUUUCCCUCGUGGUUUAAUAAAUUUGUUGCCAAAAGAAUUUGCAUCAUCCUUAAGUUUCAAGCAGCUUCUUUUCCCAUUAAGUAUCUAGGAGUUUUUAUUUCUCCUAAACGUCUUGCUAAAACUGUUUUUGAUUUCAUGACUGACAACAUCAAGCUUCGCUGCUCUAGAUGGCUGAACUCCAAACUCUCCCCUGCAGCCAAAACUGUUCUCAUUAAUUCUUCUCUUCUCUCACUUCCAAUCUACUAUCUUUCUGUUUACCCUAUCUAUGACUCUACUCUUAAAGAUAUCAAUAGAAUUGUUAGGAGAUUCUUCUGGUGUAAGAAUGGCAAUGGAAAGGGCAUCCAUGCGGUUGGUUGGAAUGACAUUACUAGUCCAAAAACUGAGGGGGGUCUUGCAAUUCGGAAUCUUCUUCUUGCUAAGCAUUCCUUAAUGGCUAAAAACAUGUUCAGAUAUAUUAAUGGUGAUGAUCUUAUCUGGGUUGAUAUUCUUUAUCUUAAAUAUGGUGGAUUGAAUUUUUGGCAAGACAGAUUCUCGCUGGUUGUUCUUGGUUCUUUAGGGGUUGUGUCACACCUGACUGUUUUUGCUUUCGUCCCCAACCUUAGAAUUAAAUCUAUUAAUCCCAACCAAACCUCCUUUCUGUUUCAUGCCUGGUAUUUUGAGGUUCCUCUGGAGUUUAAACCUACAUACAUUAACAUGGAUUUGAAUGUUGAAACCCUUUCUAUCUCUGAUUUCAUUGAGAAUGGCUCUUGGGAUUUUUCGAAUCUUCAUCUGCUUUUUGGCAACAAUUUUAAUUUUAUUGUUCCAAAUCUUGGUUCAAUCAACACUACUGAGCCCAAUCACUGGAUUUGGGCUUCCAAAACUAAGGAUUGCAAGAUUUCUGCGACUGUGUAUCAAUUUCUUAACCAAGUUCCUUCUUGGUCCGAUAAUUGGGAGGGUUGGAGACACAUUUGGAGUCUUAUGGUGGCUCCUAGAGCUAAGCACUUUCUAUGGCUCACUUUUAAAGGCAGGCUUUCUACCUCUGAUUAUCUACAUUCUAUUAACAUUGGCCCCAGCUGCUUUUGUGCUCUCUGCAAUACUGAUUAUGAGUCGAUUUGCCACUUGUUUAAUUCAUCACACUUUGCUCGAUCAGUAUGGGGAGCUUCUCAGAACCAAGAUUGGUUCUGA